UGUUGGCCAAUGCGGAGCCAGGGCUGGAGCCGGAGAUCCAUCCGAGCCUCCUGCAGUGCGAUUGCUCCGUCACACAGUGCAGAUCGGAUAGAGCAUAGCAAAGAAACCUUCACACUCUGCCUGAGAAAGGGGAACAUCCUCAGAGCUCUCUGUACACAUAAUCAACAGGCAAUCUGGGCUCUGGCUGCGAUACGUUACCGCUGAUUCCAUCCUUUCUAAUGUAAUGAAAACAAAGAAAAAGAAACAGGAAGAAGAGAGGAAUUCUGACGGGCACUGGGAUGGAAAUCAGGCAUAGAGAGCCGGGCUGCGCAGUGACACGGCAAGUACUGCUGUUUCCCUUUUUCUUGUCUUUGUUCUGCCGGGCGGUCUCGGAGCAGAUUCGUUAUUCGAUUCCGGAGGAAAUGGCCCAAGGUUCCCUUGUGGGGAAUCUCGCCAUGGAUUUGGGGCUGAGUGUGAGAGAACUGCCCAACCGGAAACUCCGUGUUGUCUCUGGAGCUAAAAAACAAUACUUCAGCGUGAAUGGGGAAAGUGGCAACGUCUAUGUGAAUGACAGGAUAGACCGGGAAGAGAUAUGCGGGACAUCUCAACUCUGCCUCAUAAAUUUCGAAACUGUGCUGGAAAAUCCCUUGAAUGUUUUCCAUAUAAAUGUCGCGAUCCAGGACAUUAACGAUAAUGCCCCGCUUUUCUUAAAAGACAGCAUCGAUCUACAAAUCAGUGAAUCCAGUUUGCCAGGGACUCGAUUUCUCCUUGAAUAUGCUGAAGAUCCUGACGUUGGGAUGAACUCUCUGCAGAGUUAUCAGCUGGGCCCCAAUCAGUAUUUCAUCCUGGAAGUCAAAGAGAGCCGGGAUGGAAAUAAAUAUGCAGAUUUAGUGCUGCAAAAAUCACUGGACCGGGAAAGCCAGAGCAGCCUUCACUUGAUCCUCACGGCUGUGGAUGGGGGAGAGCCGCAGAGAACUGGGACCGCCCAGAUAUGGAUUAAUGUCACCGACGCCAAUGACAACCCCCCCAUCUUCACACAGGAGCUCUACAAAGUCAGCCUGAGGGAAAAUGCACCGACGGGCUCCUUAGUGCUUCAGGUUAAAGCCACCGACAACGAUGAAGGUUCAAAUGCUCAGAUCAGCUACAUUAUUAACAAGGUAUCAGAAAAGACUCUUCAAAAAUUCAGCCUGGACUCAGAAAAUGGAAAAAUCACAGUAAAGGAGCCCUUGGACUUUGAAGAGACACGUGACUAUACCAUGGCAGUAGAAGCAAAGGAUGGAGGCGGACUAGUGACACACUGCAAAGUGGAAAUAGAAGUUAUUGAUGAGAACGACAAUGCCCCCGAAGUGACAUUCACAUCCGUGUCCAGUCCUGUCCCAGAAGAUUCAGUACCUGGGACAGUGAUAGCUCUGAUCAGUGUUAAUGAUCUAGAUUUUGGAGAUAAUGGAGAAGUCUCAUGCCAUUUACUGGAUGAUUUUCCGUUUACUACAAUGUCGUCUUCUAAUAAUUACUACAAGCUCCUCACAGACAGCACCCUGGACAGGGAAAGGACCCCGGAGUACAAUAUCACAAUCACCGCCACAGACAACGGCUCUCCCCCGCUCUCCACCCAGAAAACCAUCCUGUUGCAGAUCUCGGAUAUCAAUGAUAACGCCCCUGUCUUUGAGAAACCUUCCUACACCGCCUAUGUGCCAGAGAACAAUCCCUCGGGGGCCUCUAUUUUCAGUGUAGCAGCCUCAGACCGGGAUCUGGACCGGAACUCCCGACUCACUUACUCCAUCCUGAGCAGCAACCUCCAGGAGCUGCCCCUCUCCUCCUACAUCUCCAUUAACUCCCAGACCGGAGCUAUCUAUGCGCAGCGCUCCUUCGACUACGAACAAUUCCGGGAGUUUGAAGUGCAAGUGAAGGCCCAAGACGGCGGGUCCCCGCCUCUUAGCAGCAAUGUCACCGUCAGGGUGUUUAUUCUGGAUCAGAAUGAUAACGCCCCUCGCAUCCUGUACCCUUCCCUGGGAGCCGAUGGCUCCGCCUUGUUCGAGAUGGUCCCUCGCUCGGCCGAGGCAGGUUAUCUGGUGACUAAGGUGGUGGCGGUGGAUGCUGACUCAGGACACAAUGCCUGGCUCUCCUACCAUCUGCUCCAGGUCACGGAUCCGACGCUCUUCAGCAUGGGGUUGCACAGCGGGGAGAUCCGGACAGCCCGCGCCUUUGCGGACAGAGAUGCUGUGAAGCACAGGCUGGUCACCCUGGUGAAGGAUAACGGGCAGCCGCCUCUCUCCGCCACAGUGACUCUCAACCUGGUGUUUGCUGAGAAUUUCCAAGAGGCUCUUCCGGAAAUGAACGACCAAUCGGGUGACUCGGCACCUCAGUCUGAUUUACAGUUGUAUUUGGUGCUGGCUUUAGCCUUGAUCUCAUUUUUGUUCCUCUUGACAGUGAUACUGGCCAUUGUUAUGAAACUGAGAACGUCAAGCAAACCCAAAUUACUUCAGUGUUUUGGUCCUGAGCCUUAUUCUAAGACCGGCUCUAUGUUCCCACCCAACUAUGAAGAUGGGACUUUGCCUUAUUCCUACCAGCUGUGUUUGUCCUCAGGCGCCAGGAAGAAUGAUUUCACUUUCCUGAAAUCGAAUGUGCAGAUGGACGGGAAUAUUCUGUGCAGUGACAGCUCAGGGACGGUGUUUAUGGGCAAUGGAGCUAGCAGCUUACAUGGUGGGACGGAGACUGCUGGGGAGGUGAGUUUCUGUUUUGAUGCCUCAUGUGCUCUCUUUAUAGAGAGUACGCAGUCAUUGUGA